AUGGCGGCUGGUUCGGAAGAGAAAGUUCUGAGUUACCACGACAGCCUUUUGAGGAACAAUGAUUUACUUCUUCUUGAUGGUCCACAUUGGCUAAAUGAUAAGCUGAUUGGGUUUGCAUUCGAAUACUUUGAGUACGAAAGAUUUAAAAGGAUUGCCGAUAAAGUAGCUUUCAUUGGUGCAGAGGUGACGCAGUGCAUCAAACUCAGCAAUGAUUCCGAGGUUGGAAUGUUCAUUGAGCCUUUGAACUUGCCGCAAAAAGACUACGUGUUUAUGGCGGUCAACAAUAACCAGGCUCAAAUGACUACUGGAGGAACUCACUGGAGUCUGCUUGUUUACAACAGACCAGAAGGCAAGUUCAGCCACUACGACUCGGUUGGAUCCAGUAAUCAAAGCCCCGCCAUGUCGUUGAGCUGCAAACUCCAUCCAUUUCUUACAGCGGCAGGUGACUUGACUCUUGUAGCUGAAGAGUGCCCUCAGCAGGAGAAUGGUGAGUCAAGAUACCUUUAG